CCGAUACGGCCUUAUUUGUACAAAGCGCGUAAAAUAUUGGCUGUGCCAAAACAAGUUUUAAAAAAAGGGUGCCGUUAAGUUCCGCUGAUCGCAUAAAAGUAUCGAACAUUUGCUUUGACCACCACUGAUUGCUUAAUAAAACUGUGCAACAAAAUAUACCAGAAAAAAAAUAUUCAUCACAUUCUGCACAAAAGAUCGGUAUUUUGUGUCUUUGGCAACUUGAUAUUAACGACGAUUGCAUCUUUAGAAUUUUAAAUCACCUCCCAGCAAAGGAUUAUAUGCACUUUGGGCAAGUAUGCAGCCGCUUCAGGAACGUCUUAAACGAUUACGGAGCGGGACUCUACAAGCGCCUAGAACUUGAAGACACCGAUCAGGAAUUGCUGCUGCUGCGACAAGCGGGUGGACACGUUAGAACAUUGUUUUUGUCCCUUCAAGAGGACCGGACGGGUGAUAUGCCAGCUCUGAGAGUUUGCGAAACUAUCAGCGGGCUGGUCAACCUGGAGCGCGCUACGCUGAAAAUUGGGGGUCUGUCGUGCAGCUACCUCAAAUACAUUAUUCAAGAACUGGAAAAGUUACCCAAAAUAGAAAGCGUUGGCGUGAUCCGAGGAGUGGCAGAUACAAUACUCACUUCAGUGGAACACUAUACAGACAGCGAUCAAUUGCUUUUGAAGUAUAAAAAAUACACCGACCAGAGAGUUCUUCUACUAGACAUGUUCAAAAUUGGAAUACUGUCCUUCGGUGGUGCUUCUAUCGAGAAUGCUCUGGCCGAUAUUGUGCCACACUUGACACUGGUGAGAGAGGUGAAUUUGAACUUGAAUCGUCCACCGAGAGAGUACCUGCCCAUUACUCAGAUCCCUGUGCUGAACACGCUGUCGAUAUUUGGGAAAGAAGCCUGUAGGGGACCACUGCUGCCGUUUCUUUCUGCUUUGGCUGCCGUACAUUCACGAAAUCUGAUUAAUUUGAACAUCAAUAUCUCACACCUUGAACUCGAUGAAGUCAAAGAAAUCGCCCGAAUAGUCAGUUUGCAGGAUCUGCACCUAUAUCACUUCAAUUCCAGCUACAUAUAUCCCUUGACGGAGUUGAGAAACCUUGUACGGCUAUCGUUUCCUUUGCCGCUCGAGAACAUACUAUCGUCACAGUUGUUGGCCGUAAUUAAAGCAUGUCCACAGCUGGCUGUCCUCCAAGUGAGCAACGUGUUGUCCGACGAUUUUAUUUACAAGGCAUUCAAAGUGCUGCAGGAGACUCGAGACCCCCUCAACCCAAAAACCCUUUUCCUGGGCCUGGAACAUGGACAAUCUCAGGAGAACUUGCAGGAAACGGGCGUUGAGCGUUAUAUACACAUAUUGAGUCAUUGAUGAACAUACGACGAUACUUUUAUUUACCUGCCAUGGCACCGAGCACUGUGAUACAGAUCCAAAGAUCUAGAUGUUUACUUUACGUUGUUUAUUCGGCGUAAUAAUUGAAUAGACAUAUCGAACUUUAACAUACAAGUACAUACAAACAUAAUGUUAACAAACAAUACAACUUAAUGACUACCAAAACUCCAGGCCCAGCAGCAACUGAACAGAAGAACUAUCUAAUUUAAGUAAAUACAUAUUAAUUGUAGAUGCGACACAUAUGUUUUAUAAUAUAAUAUGUACGAUUUGUAUAUAGCAUG